GGAGGCGACGGCCGCCGAGCCAGGGGUCGCCGCGGCGGGCGGCCCCUGCGGCCCCCGGAGCCAUGGGCAAGUGCAGCGGGCGCUGCACGCUCGUCGCCUUCUGCUGCCUGCAGCUGGUGGCUGCGCUGGAACGGCAGAUCUUUGACUUCCUGGGCUACCAAUGGGCUCCCAUCCUGGCCAACUUCCUGCACAUCAUGGCGGUCAUCCUGGGCAUCUUCGGCACCGUGCAGUACCGCUCCCGGUACCUCAUUCUGUAUGCAGCCUGGCUGGUGCUCUGGGUUGGCUGGAAUGCGUUUAUCAUCUGCUUCUACCUGGAGGUUGGACAGCUGUCCCAGGACCGGGACUUCAUCAUGACCUUCAACACGUCCCUGCACCGCUCCUGGUGGAUGGAGAACGGGCCUGGCUGCCUGGUGACACCUGUUCUGAACUCCCGCCUGGCCCUGGAAGACCACCAUGUCAUCUCUGUCACUGGCUGCCUCCUUGACUAUCCCUACAUUGAAGCCCUCAGCAGUGCCCUGCAGAUCUUCCUGGCACUGUUCGGCUUCGUGUUCGCCUGCUACGUGAGCAAAGUGUUCCUGGAGGAGGAGGACAGCUUUGACUUCAUCGGCGGCUUCGACUCCUACGGAUACCAGGCGCCGCAGAAGACGUCGCAUUUGCAACUGCAGCCACUGUACACGUCAGGGUAGCCGCAGCCCCGGGACUGCCCGCGGCCCCCGCGAGCUCGGGCCUCGGCGGGCGGCGCCCCCUGGCGGCCCGCGGACCCGCUGCAGCCUGUGCCGGCCCUGCUGGGUCUACAGCCGAGAAGCGGACUUGGACUUGGCC